AUGGGUUGUUUAGCAAUUGUUAAUCUUUUGUUAAGAGUUCUUUCAUUUGUUUGCUUAGCAACUUCUGUCACCAUCCUUACAACUUCCUCCUCUGAUAUGACUGUUGCCUCCGUAUUUCACAGUGAUGUUGAAGUCAAGUAUCGGUUUUCUGAUUUCUAUGCUUAUCGUUACAUGCUUGCUUGUUCUGCUGCUGGAUUUGUGUAUUCCCUCCUACAAACUGCAAUUGCAAUAAUCCAAGCGAAGACUGGAGAUUGCAUCUGUGAUAAACUCAGUCAGUUUGAUGUAUAUGCUGACAAGAUAAUGUCGAUGAUUGUGGGUACGGGUGCAGCAGCAGGAUUUGGUUUAACGGUGGAUUUGAAUCGAUUGCCUAGUCGUGCCAUGGUUACCGUUGAUUUUCUCAACAAAGAAAAUGCAGCAGCUAGCUUUUGUCUCGGUGGAUUUGUAUGCACAAUGAUUUCAUCGUUUAUCUCCUUUAAAAUUUUUAAGGAUGAUUACAUGUAUGAUUGCUAGCUACUAUUAUUUGUUUAAUUUCUUUUGUUAAACAUCUUCGUUGGAAGAUUAUCUUUAUUUGCU